AUGGAUAAAACCGUUUUAGCGGAAAAGAUUCUCGGUUGUAAAAGCCAACCUGUUGAUGAGGAAAACACGAAGUUGAAAAUCUAUUUCGAAGCGAAAUCGGUCAAUGCUCAAACACAGUGCCAACGGGACAAAUUGAAGUCACUCAUGGAUGAUUGGAAGAAAGUGCUUGCUGCUCACUUCACUGUUGACCCGGACCAGAUUGAUUUCAAACGUGAGUUUCAUCGACAAUUCGUCUCAUUACGAAACACUUGA